UGUGCGUUACAUUAAAGUACUAAAAAAGAACAUGACCCAAAAAAAAAAGUUUAAUUUUUUUUUGUUCGUGUGUGGCAGAUUUAGGAUUUAGGUAGAAAGAAAGAAAAAGAAAGAGCAUGAGCAUUUUCAUACAUAAAAUUAAUAAAUUUGACAGAUUCACUCCAUUCCAUUAAAGUUGUAAUUAGAUGCAUUUAUUUUUAAAAUAAUCACAGUGCAAUUAUUUGCUGGUAGCUAAGUAUUAUGAUACAUUAUUAAUGUAUUAAUAACUAGGUAUUUAUUGGAGCACAUGAAUUAUUUUUGUUACUGUUUAUGUGAUUGUUAAUAUUUGAUAUACAAAAACUUUGAUUGUGUUUAUCAUAUCUUAUAAAAAUACUGGAUGAUUAUUGUCAAGUACGCCAUGCCGGUGACGCCCUUGCUGAGCUAAAUUAUUAGUCAUCUUACAGGAAAUUUGUUACAAAAAUCUGGUUUUUAUUGUAAUUAAUAAUUAACAACAAUUGCUACCUACUAAGUGUUUUUUGGAUUUAUUAAGAUGGAUAAUCAAGGACGGAAAGUUAUUGUUUGUGACAAUGGAACUGGGUUUGUCAAAUGUGGAUAUGCAGGUGCUAAUUUUCCUGCUCAUAUAUUUCCAUCGCUUGUCGGACGGCCGAUCAUCAGAGCAGUAAAUAAAAUUGGAGACAUUGAUGUUAAGCAAGAUCUUUGCGUUCGUGACGUGUAUAACAUGCCUGAUUUGAUGGUCGGUGAUGAAGCUAGUAAACUACGUUCAUUGCUGGAAAUUAGUUAUCCUAUGCAAAAUGGAAUUGUUAGAAAUUGGGGAGACAUGUGCCAUGUUUGGGAUUACACAUUCGGACCAGAAAAAAUGAAUAUUGAUCCACAUGAGUGCAAGAUCAUGUUAACUGAACCACCAAUGAACCCAACAAAAAACCGAGAAAAAAUGAUUGAGGUGAUGUUUGAAAAAUACGGAUUCGCAGCAACAUAUAUUGCUGUUCAAGCUGUACUAACACUUUAUGCACAAGGAUUGAUAAGUGGAGUUGUAGUUGACUCUGGUGACGGUGUAACUCAUAUUUGUGCUGUUUAUCACGAGUGUGCACCAUGUCAUUUAAUUAAAAGACUGGAUGUUGCUGGCCGGGACAUAACAAUGUAUCUUAUUAAGUUAUUAUUAUUACGUGGUUAUGCAUUUAAUCAUUCAGCUGAUUUUGAAACUGUCCGAAUGAUGAAAGAAAAGUUAUGUUAUGUCGGAUACAAUAUUGAGACAGAAGAAAAAUUAGCUGUUGAAACUACUGUCCUUGUUGAGUCUUACACUUUACCCGAUGGACGUGUGAUAAAAGUAGGUGGUGAAAGAUUCGCAGCACCUGAAGCGCUAUUUCAACCGCAUUUAAUAAAUGUUGAAGCACCUGGUAUUGCUGAGCUAGUAUUUAAUACAAUUCAAUCAGCAGCUAUUGAUAUAAGAAGUGAAUUAUAUAAACACAUAGUAUUGAGUGGUGGAAGUACAAUGUAUCCAGGCUUACCAUCUAGAUUGGAGCGUGAGAUUAAACAGCUUUAUCUUCAACGAGUACUCAAGAAUGAUGCUUCAAAAUUAGGGAAAUUUAAAAUAAAAAUUGAAGAUCCACCACGACGUAAAGAUAUGGUAUUUAUGGGUGGUGCUGUACUAGCAGAAUUAACUAAAAAUCGUGAUUCAUUUUGGAUUACUAAAGAAGAGUACGAGGAAAGAGGAUUAAAGGUCUUGGAUAAAUUAACGACUUAUGAUAAGUGAAAGUAAAAACCGGCUAAUUAUUUGAUGAAUAAUAACAGAUUAAAAAACUUAAAAAAAAUAAUAAUUAAAAGACUCUGUUUAAUAAAAAAAUAAGUAAAAAAAAUACUUGAUGUAAAAUUGAUAAAUUGAAUACUAACAGAGAAGACAUUUAUGAAGAUAGAUAAAACUUAAUGUGUUGUGAAUGCACUUUAUGUAGAUAUAAUUGAUAAUUAUAUGACAUAAAAAACGAAUUACGUAUGUAAGAUUAUGAAAAAAAAAUUCCAAUUAAUUUUUUAAACGAUUAUUACUUAUAAUCGUGCCAAUCUAAAUAAUAAGCUCAAAUAAUUUCAGUUACAUUUACUUUUAUUAUUUUUUUUUUUUCUAAUAAAAUUGUUGUAAUGAUU